AUGAGUUACAAGACCAACUAUGAGCUCUACUCUCGAGGGAGCAUCGAUAGCAGACGCUCACCACCGCCCGAUGAGCUUCUCUCACCGUUGGCAACGCUUUACCCACAUGUCGCAGCCCUGCAGCCCAAAUACGACCCCAGCAACUGCACCUUCACCGGUUAUCACCACACGGGAUAUUGGGCUGCAGCCUAUACGACACAGCCUCUCGAGGAUCCUUUCAUGCCCACGCGUCGCGGCAGUGAUGGCCUUCCAUGUCGAUUUGUCUCUAAACUGCGCCGAUUUCUUAGCCGGGACGAUUUAAAGUCCAGACGGGGAUCCCGGGCCACUGCAUAA